AUGAAAUUAUCGCGAAGAAAAUUGUAUUCCAGAUUAAUUGGUUUCAUUUUCUUUUAUAUACGAAAAAUUCCAUAUGUUCGCAAUAAAAUUGAAAAUGAAUUGGACAAAAUGAAGAAAUUUAUCGUAAAAACUAUUCAUAAAUAUGAUACUGAUAAAAAUUUUAUCAAAUUUUUACCGGAAAAUCCGAUUGAUUUUGAUGAAAUUAUUAAAAUUUCAGAAAAAUACGAAUUAAUGAGCAGUUUUAAUGAAAAGCAAAUAAGCGGAGCUAUAUAUACGUUACACAAAGACGAUGAACAUAUCAAACUUCUUUUAAAGAUAUUCGAAUCAUAUGCAUAUUCGAAUCCGUUACAUCCAGACAUUUUUCCUGGUUGUCGAAGGAUGGAAUCAGAAGUGAUAAAAAUUGUUAGCAACUUAUUUCAUGGUGAUGAUAACGUCCGUGGAGUGAUGACAAGUGGUGGUACAGAAUCGAUUAUGUUGGCAAUGUUGGCAUAUCGAAAUUUGGCAUAUUCUAAAGGUAUUAAAGAUCCGGAAAUGAUUAUACCGAUAACUGCCCAUGCAGCCUUCGACAAGGUUAUUUCUUUUCUUUUGUCCUUUAUCUGUUUUUAUAUUAAAUUAUUAAAUUAUUCAAAUAAUGUUGGCUUAAUUCAGGCAUCUCAUUUAUUCAACAUUCGAUUAAAACAUGUAAAUGUUUUAACAGAUAAUCGAGUUAAUGUCAACGAAAUGAGGAAGGCUAUAUCAAACAACACUUGUGCGCUGGUUUGUUCGGCUCCAAAUUUCCCUUCAGGAACCAUCGACGACAUUGAAAAAGUUGCAAAGAUCGGUGAGCGCUUUGGUAUACCAGUUCACGUUGAUGCUUGCUUGGGUGGUUUUCUCAUUGUUUUCAUGGAAGAGUGUGGAUUUCCAUUACCUUUAUUUGAUUUUCGCCUCCAAGGAGUAACCUCGAUCUCUUGUGAUACGCAUAAAUAUGGUUAUGCUCCAAAAGGAUCUUCAGUAAUUUUAUAUCGCGAUAAAAAUUAUUUGCACUAUCAAUAUUCUUGUAUACCUGAAUGGACUGGUGGAAUUUAUGCUACGCCUACAUUGGCUGGUGAUAUUUUUAUUUUAUGCAAUAAUACGUUGGUGUUUGGUAGUCGUUGUGGGAUGUCGAUAGCAUUAGCUUGGGCAACUUUGCUUUACUUUGGUCGAAGUCGCUAUUUGGAAAGAACGAAGGCCAUUAUUACGUGUGCUCGAACUAUCGCUAACGCCAUAAGCGGAAUUUCGAAUGAAGUAAUGAUAAAAUUCAACUUUCGUUUAAAAUUAUUGGGAUCUCCUGAUGUUUCAGUUGUUGCAUUUACUAGUGACAUUUUUAAUAUAUAUGCAUUGGCCGAUCAAAUGGCUUCAUUUGGAUGGAAUUUAAAUUCACUGCAAAAUCCGGCUGCAAUUCAUAUUUGUGUGACUUAUAAUACUGCAAUAUUCAAUGCAGCUGAUGAUUUUAUUCGUGAUUUGAAAAAAGUUGCCGCUAAUUUAAUGGUGAAUCCUUCGGAUGGAAAUAAAUCUAGUACGGCCUCAAUUUAUGGUUUAGCUGCUUCGAUUCCGGAUAAAAGUCUUGUUAGCGAUGUUGCAUACAUGUAUUUAGAUUCGUGUUAUGAAAUGCCAUUUUCCGAAUAA